AUGGCGGCUACGUAUGCCAGCAUGCUCAAGUUCUGCCUACUAACAGCCAUUCUUAUUGCUGGAUCGAGGUCGGAAGAAUCCGACAAAGAAGACGCAAGUGCCCACAAGUACAACAUUCGCCUGGCCAACGGGACCAGCUUCGAAAUUACCACGCAUGGCUUUCAAGAGUUCUCAAAGGUACCCAUCGCCACGGCAGGCGUGAAUGCCAUGAUGCCCACGGCCAAUCAGCUCGUGCAUCGCUUCCAGGAAGACUUGAAGAACAUCCAAAACGUCACCCGGUCGUUGCCCAGGACUGACGUGGCGCGGCUCACGGAGCAGACGAGGGGCAACCUGACCUUGCUGGUGCGCAACCUGACCGGGGCUCUGCCUAUGCUCAUGCGAAGGAUGGCCACACAGGGAGCCGAGAGCACGCGGCCACUGAGGGAAUUUGCGACCGCGCUAUCACACAAUCUCAGGAAUGCCUCGUUGGCUCUCUCAAACAGUGGAAACGCGAGUGGAAACUCCACUGGCAGCACCCUCCCAACGGCCAGUCACGACCUCCUGCAGGCGUACGACGGCUUCCAGUUGGCCGUCAACAACGGAAUGCUCGCGAUGUCCGACUUGGUGCGCGGAUCGCUGAAGCUCGUCAACCCGGCCAACUGGAACGUUGGCCGCGUCGGGCUUGGCGCCGGAGAUGGACAAACGCCACAAGCUGGCAUCAACAAGUUCAUCGGGCAUCUCUUCAGGAGGAGAGGCUAG